UACAAUGUAUUGCUAUUUCAGAUUAGUAGAAUGGCAAAAUAUUACAAUACCGAACACACACAUCCUUUUUCCUACGAACAGGUUUGCAGAGCCAUAUUCCAGAGAUAUCCUAAUCCUUUUGCUAGUCAUGUCCUCUCUGAAGAUACUGUAUACAGGGAGGUGAUAAACGGUACUAUUCUUUACUCACGACGCUUUCUCACAAAAACUAACAAGAUUCCUAAAUGGGGAGAAAAAUGGUUGUCAGGAUUUGCCCGACGUGUUCCUUUGAUAGAAGAAAGUUUUAUAGAUAGUGAAAAGAAAACAAUUACUACUUACACUAGGAAUGUUGGACUAUCAAACUUUAUGACAGUAGCAGAGAAAGUGGUGUAUAAGGAGUGUCCUUUAAAUCCAAACCAAACAAUAGCUGUGAAGGAAGCUUGGGUUGAAUCUAGAUUUUACGGUCUAAGAACUGCAAUCAAGAAUUUUGGAAUAGAUCGCUUCAAGUUAAACUCCAUCAAGGCUACUGAAGGGUUUAACCAUGUACUGUCUGGUAUCCAAGAGCAGCAAAUGAACUUACAGAGGAUUAAACAGGAGAAGAUGGGUGAACUUCAGCAUAUCAAGGAUCAACUGAAGACACAGUACAGAGAAAAAGCUGAGGUUCUGAAAGAGAAAUCCUCCCAGGGUUGGAACCAAGCAAAGGAAACUGCAAAGGCUGCGGCUCACCGCGCCACCGCCCCGACCUCUCUGCACGCCGCUGAAAAAGAAGAUUAGGACAUCGUGUUUCCCAUAGCGCCAAGAUGUCUUCCUUUUUUAACAAAUAAAAAGUCUCUAUGAGCACUUAAUACUUCCGACGCCUCUCCAAAUCAGUGAUAUUUUGCCCUUUCACUUUUCUAUUGUUGAUCUCUCAAUAAUAGUCUCUUACAUGGAGACUAAUAUUGGUUAAAAGAUGUGCUAAAUCAAACGUGAAUGGGUUUAGGAGAAUUUAUUCGGAAAAUCUUCUGAUCUCUUUCUAGCUAUUUUGGAACAUCAUCUUUCUAGAUUUUAUUUAGCUUAUGUUUGAUAAACCGACUUGUUUUGAAUGAAAAAUUAAAUUUUGAUAAUUCCAAGUAUAUUUUACAAUUGCAAUGCAUUAAAUGGUGCGUUCAGUGGGUUUUUAUAAUGGUUAAAUAAUAUGCGAUCAAGUUAAACUUUAGAUUUUAGCUAAAGUUUAAAAUAUUACAAUAUUUUUAUCUUAGUCAGCCCUAUUCCAACCCCCUGACACACGCUUUAUUAUAUGUGUCUUAUUGUUAGAUUACUUGAAUUUCCUUGUUAUGAUGAUUUUGUUAAUUCUAAGGAACUAUCCAUGAUAUUCUUUCUGAUUUCAUUUCCGAUACAGGGUUGCAUUUGGGUUUAUCCAGACUUAGUUUCAGA